AUGAACGUGGUAUUCACAGCUUUGGUGUUCUUGUUGGCACAAGCCAGCGCAUUACAUUUUUACCUCCCCACAGGAAACACCAGAUGUUUCUACGAGGAUUUGCCUGCCCACGCCCUCGUGGUGGCCAAGCUCGAGGCCCUUGAGUACGCCGAAAACGCCAACGAAUACUUCAAAACGAAUAACUUGAAGGUGCAUAUCACCGUGGAUGAGACCUUCGACAACGACCACAGAGUUGUGGACUCGAAUUCUAACCCUAGCGGUGAUUUCACUUUCACUUCCCUCGAAGCCGGAGAACACAGAUUCUGUUUGACCCCAAUCUACCAGGACGGCAGCAAGAACAAGUGGCACCGUAUCUUCUUUGACCUUGCCAUUGGCGCCGCUGAGGACUACGCCGACUCCAAAUCUCUGAGGAGAGUGGAUGCCUUAACCUUGCAGAUUAAGCAGUUGAACGAGAAGUUGAAGGAGAUCAACUUCGAGCAAGAACUGAUCAGAGAGAGAGAGGCCAUCUUCAGAAACCAGUCUGAGAGCACCAACUCGAGAGUUGUCUGGUGGAGCAUAAUCCAGUUGGCGGUGUUGGUCGGAACCUGUGCCUACCAAUUGCGUCACUUGAAGAGUUUCUUCGUUAAGCAAAAGAUCGUGUAA